AUGUCGCUUCUCGAGGCCCGUACUGCAUUCUACUUUUUGCUCGUUCUUGUUGGGCUUGCGGAGACCGUCCUCGGAGCUUUCGUAGUUAUAGGCGCGAGCAAUGAUUUCUUCUCGACACCAUUUUACGCUACGGGAGCGGCGCUCGCUGCGAUCACUUCGAUAUGGACGGUCGUCCUUGUCAUAUUUGGGUUGAAUCCACAAUGGAAGCACGCGCUCUCGAAGCCGGGCGCCCAUGUAACAUCAACCCUUGUUUUCACCAUUGUAUGGGUCGUUUACGGAAUUGCGUCGGCCAUAAGCAUGUCCAGUAAAUGCCGCCACAUCCAAGGCAAUUACUGUGCCCUCGCGGGCGCGUUCACCGGAUUAGCGUUCUUGCUAUUUACUCUGACUUCUGCCGCUAUGUGCCUUUUCUGCUGCACGCCGAGAACACGGAGGGGACAAGAGGACGGCGAUUCUGACAUUCCAUCUCACGAACUGACGUUACGCGCACCGAAGUCCCGUACGGUCAACGUAUAA